AUUGCGCUUAAUACAACAGAUGUAAAGUGGCCUUUUACACUGCAAAGAAGACAAUUUCCGGUACGAAUAUGUUAUGCAAUGACGAUAAAUAAAAGUCAAGGACAAACCUUAUCAAAGGUUGGCCUUUACCUAAAAAAACCUGUGUUUACCCAUGGCCAACUUUAUGUUGCUGUCUCAAGAUGUACAUCUAGAAGUGGCCUUAAAGUCCUAAUCGAAAAUGAUGAUGGCUCAUGCGGCUCAGAAACUCGAAAUGUGGUCUAUAAAGAAGUCCUUGAUGCUGCUAAUGCAGCAUCAGCUUAGGGCUUAUGGACAAUAUCUUUUCGAAUGUACAUGCAUUUGUUCUGCUCAUGUGUUUUAAAAUUAUUAGCUAUUCAUUUUCUUUGAUUUUUGCGAUCUAUAUCUGUUGACCAGUCCUGCUGCUUAUGAUAUCUUUUGACCUAAGGUGUCCCUCUUCUUAGCCUAAUCAACUUUAUAAGCUAUGGUAUAUUCUUAACUUCUUUUGAAAAUUGAGUUGAACUUGUACCUUUUUACUUUCCUUGCAGAUGGAAGAUGUGCUGAUUCCAAGUCUCAUGACCGGUGAUUGCAAUGAUAGCAUAUGUGUACGUGCUUCUAGGUUUUGGGAAUUUUAUGAUCUGAAUGAAGAGACAAAGCUGCUGCACGCUGAUCUUGUGCUAAUUGAUGAAGAGGGUAACAGCAUACAUGCGCAGAUCUACCCCAAUGCAUUUCAGCGGUUCAAAACUUUGAUAAAAGAAGGCAAUGUCUACAAUCUUGCUUGUUUUCGGGUCAGGAAAUCAAAUGACAGGUACAAACCAGUAACAAAUGAAAGCAUGAUCACCUUAUCAACAUGGACUACAGUUGAAGAAGUUGUUGAAAUUCCACCUGCUUUUCCUAUGUUCACCUACUCCCUGACUCCAAUAGAGCAACUGCCAUCUCGUGUGGACUACCCAGAAUACUUCACAGAUGUCAUUGGAAUAGUCACAACAAUCUCGAAUAUCAUGUCACUAAGAGCAAGAGGAAGACAAAAUGAUAGUUUGAAGAGGGUUGUCACCAUAUGCAAUGAAAGUAAUGUUUCAGUAGAUGUUGUGCUAUGGGGUGAGCGCGCCUCUUCUUUCCCAGCUGAACAAAUGCAAAAAGAAGGAGAAGCCCACCCACAAGUUGUCAUAUUUGUUGGUACCCUUGUCAAAAAAUACUCAUCAUCUGGAGCUGUCACCUUAGCAGGCAAUUCACCAUGCAAGUGGUACAUAAAUCCAGAUGUUCCUGAGGCAAGAGCUCUUCUAUCCAGCAUUGGAAAAACAAAUCAGCCAAUUAAGUGGGACCAACAAAUGACACCAGCUAAAGCUACACCUGCUGUUGAACACAAAAAAGUUUCUGAAAUCAAAGAUCUUAACCCCUUCAAAUACAAGAAAAUGGACUUCUUAGUUACUGUGGCAAUAAAAAAGAUUGACAGCUCCUGGUGGUACAACUCUUGCUACAAAUGUGCGAGAACUGCUAAACCCUACGGUGACUUAUACAAGUGCACCGACAGCACCUGCAAUUAUACUGGCAAACCAGUCCAGAGGUAUAAGCCUAGCAUUAUUGCUGGAGAUGAGACGGGUGACACAAAUUUUAUCAUGUUUGGAAGGUGGGUUCAGCGCUUGACAAAGAAAGCUGCUGAUACACUUAUCGCUAAGAAUCCACAGGGUUUCAUUCCAAAUGAGAUCACAAGGCUCUUAGAAAAAGUGUUCAAAUUCAAUGUCAGCUUUACAGAAAACACAACAAGCUCCGAUAAAGUUUGCUUCCAGGUCAAUGCAGUAGUUGCAGAAGUAAAUGACACAAAUGUUCUCACAACAGGGUCUCAAUCAUCAUCACUUCUGAUAUCUCAAAGUGUUGGCAGCAGUAUGCAGCGCACCCCACAGAAAAGCGCUGCCUUCACUUUAACCUCACAAUCUACGGGGGGCAGCCAUGCUUCAGGCACCACACCAACAAAAACUAUCAACAUCCCUGAGUCACAACUUACACCACAGAGUCAUGGAUACAAUGAUCAGAUCACUCCAACCAAGGAAACAGAUAUUGCUUUAGUACCAACAGAGCAAGAUACAAGGUCCGUCAAUGCUCUUGAUAUCUUUACUCAAACUGCACUUGCAACGUCAACAGAUACACCACAGAAGAAUGAUGACACAAUUUUUUCUAAGGACUCCAAGGAUGGAGCUGCUAAUUCAACAACAAAGAUAGAAAAGACUAACACAAGGAAAAUGUCUGAGUUACCAACAUAG